AUGACAAUUGUCGAACCUUCUGGCUCGUCUGUCCAACCCGCGGCAAGAUUCCCCCUUCUGGUGGUAGCGGUGAGGGGUUCUGGAAGCGUCGUCGAUCACAUGGUGAAUUUGAACAUUUCACCACGUUCGACAGAAGACUUCAUUUCUCCAGAGCUGGAAGCCCAUGCAGGAUUCCUUGCCGGUGCAAGGGUUUUGGAGAGCGAAAUAACCAAGACCAUAAAUCAAGCUUUCCACGCAGGUGGAAUAAAGGAGGUCCUGUUCACCGGCCACUCUGCAGGUGCAGCAGUGGCUUCCAUCCUCUUUAUGCACUACCGCGUGCAUGGACUCAAUGGCCUGCCCAUCAAAUUUUCAUCCAUCACGUUCGGUGGACCACCCGCAUUAAGGCAAACACGUCUGGAAAAGGAAUGGAUCCCUGAGUCUGGAGAGCUUUGGCUCAAUAUCGUCAAUGAGUACGACGUUAUUGGUCGAGCGGACAAGGCUUACAUUCUUUCCUUGGUGGAUCUUUUGCGCUCUGUGUACGGAAAGCUUCCACUUGAGAAUACAAGCGGGAUUUCCCUAGACUCGCAGAACAGCGGCACUUUGAACUACUGGACCCUUCGAGAAUCCGAUUACCGCCACUAUGGGGAUAUGAUCAUUCUUCAAGUGUCUCAAGAAUGGCCAAGUCUAAGUGGAGAGAGCGUGCUCACCAACGAUGGGCUCAGCGUGUCUACUUGGAAAGUAUCUUGGGCUGACUACUCCCAACUCCUCUUCACGAGAGUCAGAGUGCAUGCCCGCACGUUCUACGAGCGGAAUGUUGGAAUGAUUGCGGAGAAAUUUCUUCUGUGCGAGGAGGAUCCAGAUACGGAGGGAAGGAAAUUUUCAUUCGGCUAA